AUGGCGAACAAGAUCACUGCCUCGCCCAACUUUGAGGGAUGGUAUAUUCAUCCAGAUGGCACCACCGAAGCUCUCACCUGCCCUCAGGGUACCUUUACAACAUCAGGCUCAUACGCUGCAUGCUGCGACAAGACCAAGUGCCCGAUGCCCACGGCCUGCCACGACAACAAGAUAAGCUACGACAACUUUGCCGUGGGGGCAUGUCAAGGCUCCGCCGUCUGCCAGACCAUGUCCAUCAUGGCCGCCCCCGGGGCCAAGAGCGACGUCACGUCGAGCAUCUUUUGCGCCCAGUACUGGUACGCCCUCGAAGCGUACCGCGACACCGUCCCCGUCACCACCUCAUCCGCGACCAAGACGACCGCCUCGGCCUCGACAGGCAGCACGCCCACCAGCAACUCGGCCAGCAAAACGACGUCGCGGAACACCGCCAUCACGCCGAGCCCCACGGGGUCCUCCGGUGCGACGUCGCCGGCCGCUUCAGCCGAGGCGUCCUCCGGAGGCUCCAGCAAGGCGUGGAUUGCCGGCGCUGUCGUGGGGCCGGUUGUCGGCCUCGCGCUGGUCGGAUUUGCGUUUUGGUUCCUGCGGCGCCGACGAACCGCCAAGAAGAAGGAUGUCGGCGCCGGUAACGCGCCUCAGGAGAUUGGCGGCUACGAGCGACCGGCGGAUUACGGCGACGGCAAUUGGCAGAGCAAGCAGUACUAUGGCGCCUCGCAUCCCAAGGCCGAAUCGACCUCUGCGGGCUACUAUGCGCCUGUGCAGCAAAAUCAGGUCCACGAGCUCCCCAGCGGCGAGCAGAGGUGA